UUAUUUUCGCCCCGCCUCUCCCCCCUCCCCCUCCGACCGCGGCGGCAGUGCGUGGCGUCCCGUCCCGUCAGGUGCCACGGCGUGCAGGAGCCCAUCAAGGUGGUCAUUCCUCGCUACGUUCUGCGCGGCCAGGGGAAGGACGAGCACUUCGAGUUCGAGGUCAAGAUGACGGUGAUGGACGAGACGUGGACGGUCUUCAGGCGCUACAGCCGCUUCAGAGAGAUGCACAAGGCGCUGAGGCUGAAGCACCCAGAGCUGCUGACUCUGGAGUUCCCGCCAAAGAUGCUGUUUGGAAACCGGGACGAGCGACUGGUGGCGGAGCGGCGGGGCCUCCUGGAGCGGUACCUGCGGAGACUCUUCCGGGUCAUGCUGGCGUCGGGAACCUCCCCCCUCCGAGCCGAUGACGACGGCGUUUACCGACUUUCCAAACGCAGCGUGUGCGAGUUCUCGCUGUUCUUCAAGAAGGGGGUGUUCGAGUCCAGCAGCCACGGAACCGGCUGAGGUCUUCAUCCAACGACCCGCACCGUCCCGUUCAGCGCCGACUGUGGGGAAGCCCCGCCCCCUUUGUGUAUUUAAAAGCUGGAAGUGAUGACAUGUUCAAUAAAAGUGACGUUCAU